UUCAGUCUCCUGAACAUGCUAAGCCGAGCUCGACACCACUUAUCGUCGAUAUCGAAAUUGCCUUCAUUUCCUCGCGGACCCAAGUCGACACCGAUAUCUGUACACCAGACUAUCCAAAUCAUUCCAUCCCUUAUCACUCGCCAUCAAGCGACCUCUCUUACAAGUCUUGCUUAUGGUGAUCUGUUCUAUUUACUGAAAGCACCACCCAAUCCAUUUGAAGUUAAAAGAUUACAUGCCGUUUUACUUGUCAAUGGUUUCUUUAGCCCCAUCAGUGCCGAUAGAGUUCUGGGUUCGCAGCUUGUCAGUGUCUAUGUCAACUUUGGCUGUCUCCGGGAAGGACUUCUCGUCUUCAAUCUACUACCUUGCAGGAGUAAUCUGGCUUGGAAUGCGAUGCUCCGAGGUUUUGUUGAUAUGGGCCAAUUUUCUAAAGCAAUUGAAUUCUAUCACUUGAUGCUAGUUCAAGGUAUGAACCCUGACAAUUAUACAUACCCAAUUGUUUUAAAGGCUUGUUCUGAGUUGAAUGCGCUUGAAGAAGGAAGGAGGGUGAAAGAUUUGAUCGUAUUCAACGAGAUCCAUCGUGACGUAAAGCGCAAUAUUUAUGUUGAAUGUGCUUUGAUCGAUAUGUUUGGAAAGUGUGGCAGUUUAGUGGAAGCACGGCAUGUAUUUGAUGAAAUGCCAAAGAAAGAUUUAGCUUCGUGGGGUGCAAUGAUAUGUGGGACUUUGCAAAAUGGGGACUGGUCUCAGGCGAUAUGUCUGUUUAGAAGGAUGAGAAUGGAUGGCAUACACCCUGAUUCGGUAAUUGUGGCAGCCAUUCUUCCUGAAUCUGGUAGAUUGGGUGCAAGGCAUCUAGGAAUGACCUUGCAAGGCUUUGCUGUAAGGAAUGGUUUUGAUAGUGAUUUGUAUGUUUCCAAUGCUCUGAUAAAUAUGUACUGUAAAUGUGGUUGCACUGUUGAAGCCUGCAGUGUAUUUUGCAACAUGGAGAACAGGGAUGUAGUUUCUUGGAGCACAUUGAUUGCUGGCUAUGCAUGUAAUUGCCUGCAUCGCGAAAGUUUUGAACUAUAUCUUGAAAUGAAUAGGAUAGGAAUGAGCACAAAUGCAAUGAUUGCAGCAAGCAUUCUUCCUGGAUUAGCAAAGCUUAAAUUGUUCAAACAGGGGAAGGAGAUGCACAGUUAUAUCCUAAAGCAAGGGUUUGAAGAUGAUGUUGUUGUAGGAAGUGCAUUAAUUGACAUGUAUGCUCAUUUGGGGUCGGUGAGAGAAGCCGAACACAUUUUUAAUAUCAUGUCUAAUAAGGACAUCAGCAUUUGGAACUCAAUGAUUGUUGGGUAUUCUCUAAAUGGUGAUAUCAGUUUAGCAUUUGGAAUCUUCCAAAGAUUAUGGGAAUCUGAUCUGAGACCGAACUUUAUAACCCUGGUGAGUAUGAUUCCAAUGUGCGCGAUGAUGGGAACUCCUCGACAGGGGAAGGAAAUUCAUGGCUAUGCAAUUAGAAACGGUUUCACAGCAGUAGUUUCUGUUGGAAAUUCUCUAAUAGAUAUGUACUGCAAAUGUGGUUUCCUUGAAUUGGGGCUAAAUGUUCUCAGUCAGAUGAUGGAAAAGAAUAUUGUGACAUACAACACGAUCAUCGCUGCACAUGGUACUCAAGGACAGGCUGAAAUGGCUUUUUCAUAUUUAGAGCAAAUGCAGGAAGCCAGAAUCCGACCCAGUAAGGUCACUUUUGUAGUACUCUUGUCAGCUUGUAGUCAUGCUGGUCUGGUCGAGAAAGGCUGGCUAUUAUUUAAUUCGAUGAUCGAUGAUUACAACAUUCUGCCGGAAAUGGAACACUAUGCAUGCAUUGUGGACCUUCUAGCUAGAGGAGGUCAUCUUGAGGAUGCAUUUAAGUUCAUCAGACAGAUGCCUUUGGAACCUGACAUAAAUGUUCUGGGAAGCUUACUUGGUGCAUGCAGAGUUCAUAAUAGGUUUGAUAUUGCUCAGUUUAUUGGGAAAGAAAUCCAACAGAAGAAUACGAAAGAUUCGGGGCACUAUGUUCUUUUAUCUAAUAUAUAUGCCUCAACCAAGAAAUGGACUGAUGCAUCAACGACCAGAGCAGCAAUAAAGGAGAGGAGCUUGACAAAGAAACCUGGAAGUAGUUGGAUUGAGUUAGGUUCGCAUGUUCACAAGUUUUAUGCUACGGAUUUCAUGCAUCCAGAGUUCAAUAAACUCCAAGGGGCUCUAGAGUGCUUACGGUUUGAGUUGAAGGAUGAAGAUCACAAACCCAAUCUGGGUUUGCCUUCUCUUGGUAUUGAAAAUGGCAAUGAUGAGCUAUUUAAUCUUGAUGUCAGCUAAAGGUCCCAACAUAGCAAAUGUUGUCUGUGAUAAUUGAUAUGCCAAAAUGAGACUCACUUUCUGAGUACUUUUCGGCUUGAACAAGACUCACCUGAGACGGAGCAACUGCCAUUGAGCAGAAGAGUAAUAUGCCCUUUUUGGCAUGAAGCCUGCUGGUCAUGGUGUUUCUUCAAAAAGCAUAGAGGUUUCAAUGGGAGGGGUAAAGAAAACCCUCAAUACUGCUCAUCUCUAAACCCUUAUUUCAUGGGCUGACUAGCUGAAUAGUUUUCUUUAAAUUUCCCCAUGCUAUGCGUUUUGAGCCUAGGAAUGGAGAAAAAUAAAGAACACAGAAAUGACAUAGGAGCAAUGAAGCUUUUGAAGUGAAUUCUA